AUGCCACGCUCGCGACCGGAAGCGUUCGAGCUGAUGGCCGAGGCUGAGAAGCCCUCGAAGUGCAUCAGGUUCCUGCGUUUCCUCUGGAAGUUCUUCAGAUGUGUUUUUUCCCACGUGUCGCUGGUCUCGUUGGUCGUGCUGUACUGCCUGAUCGGCGCGUACGCUUUCGAGGCCCUCGAGGCGACACACGAGAAGGAGAUAAAGAAGAGCAUCAAGGAUAUCAGAGGGAACGUUUCAGAGCAGCUAUGGAAGAUCACCAAGGAGGUGGAGGUUCUGAUUCGCGAGAACUGGACCGACAAAGCGUUACGCGAAUUAAAGUCCUUCGAGAACAACCUCGUGUGGAUGAUGGAGAAAGAAGGUUGGGAUGGCAGGGAGGGGGAGGACGACAUCCAAUGGACCUUUGCUGGUGCUUUAUUUUACUCCAUCGUGGUAAUCACCACCAUUGGGUACGGUCACAUCGCACCGAAGACCAAGAACGGGAAAGUGGUGACUAUAUUCUACGCCAUCGUCGGGAUUCCCCUGAUGUUGCUCUGCCUCUCGAACAUUGGUGACAUUAUGGCGUCGAGUUUCAGGUUUCUUUACUGGAGAGUCUGCUGUUACGUAUGUACGAAACCACCGAAAAAGAGGCGACCCAGGGCUCAUUUGGUCAGAUCGUAUUCCAUGAGACAACCAGGGCGAUACGGUGGAGGCAAAGGUGGCUUUAGACGAUCCAUCAGAGUGAGUCAAAGGUCUGCAGAUUCAGCGUUGGGCUUGUCUGAAAGUCUGGCUAGAUCGUACUCCGAUGUUGACUAUAAAUACAACACUCGUCGAUACGAGGACGGAGAACAGAGAAGGCGGAGUCCCUCUUAUCCUUCGUCUGCGAAUCCAAAUUUCGGAUUCAAGUCUGCUACGGUGUCCAGAUACUCUGAUCUGCCAAUGGCAAAAUUCACCAGAGCCAGUCCCAAGAUGAUGACACAAUCGUUAGACAGGAAGUUGAUGCUGCGUUCACCAAACGACACUGAUCGUUCACCAGUCUUGUGCAACAAAUACGCAUUAGAAGACCUGGACGACGAGCUAGAACGAUGGAAAGCUUCCGCAGGGAACAAAAGUAACUAUACAGUCCUGAGUAAAAAAAACAUGAAGCCACGACAAGUGGCGGAGGUGGUAGAGGGUGCAGAAAACGGCGAGAAACAGCCGCCAUUAGUGACGAGGUCAUUGCCCAGAAGAUGCUUAUCCAUGGAAGGUGCGACCAGCAACUACAGGACAAACCUGCCACCGCCUUUACGACCGUCCUCGAUUUACUUGGAAAUGGAGAACUCGAGGAGGUCUCAAGCAUCAAGGACCAAGCGGUAUAGAAGCAACUACCCCGUUGCUCGAUCUUACAGAAGAGAAACAUUGCCGAUGGACAUUAUGUCACCAGCUGGGCUCUCCGUGCCCAGACAAGUGUACGUGGACGAUUUUGAUUCUGAAUACGACUACUAUACUAACGACGACCAGGAAAGACAGCCUAUUAAGCCGGUACCAAUAUGGCUGUGCGUCUUUCUGGUGGUCAGUUACAUAUUCGGUGGCGCAUUUUUGUUCAGCGCUUGGGAACACUGGCCCUUUCUCGAUUCUGCGUACUUUUGCUUUAUUACUCUCACCACUAUAGGAUUUGGUGACUUCGUACCAGCGUACAAACUGGACGCUCACAAAGGGAUCGCGGUUUGCUCGUUGUACUUGUUAUUUGGAAUUGCUUUGCUGGCGAUGAGCUUUAAUCUGGUGCAAGAGGAGGUCAUCAACAAUGUGAAGAACGUCGCGAAGAGGCUGGGGAUCAUCAAAGAGAGUGACGACGAGGAAGAUGCCGACGACUACGACGCGUACGACGUCGAAUACAACGACGAGGUCGACAACGAGCUCGAGGGCCACGUCCUCGAUACUCCUCGAUGUCACUCGAUGGCUAGAAACGUUCGCGGAAUUUCCGUCGCGUAG